CCUUUUCCGGUCGGUUCCGCUCUGGUCUCUGCGGCCCCACGUGCGUUGCCGGAGUCCUGCUCUCAGGUGCUGGUGCUGUUGUGGGUGAAGUUUCCCAGGUGUGGAGUGCAGAGGCCUCCCGGGGCCGCGAGGACGUCACUAUGCCUAAAGCACUAAAGGGGAAAAGCGGAGGACAGGAAAAAAAAGUCGUCCAUCCGUAUAGUAGAAAAGCAGCUCAAAUUACGAGGGAGGCCCACAAACAGGAAAAAAGGGAAAAGUUGAAGAAUGAAAAAGCAUUGCGUCUCAAUCUUAUUGGUGAAAAACUGCAGUGGUUUCAAAAUCAUCUUGAUCCCCAAAAAGGAGGAUAUUCAAAGAAAGAUGCUUGUGAAUUAAUUGAAAGGUACUUAAAUCGGUUCAGCAAUGAGCUGGAGCAGAUCGAGUUGCACAACAGCAUCAGAGACAGGCAGGGGAGGCGGCACUUCUCCCGGGAGACAGUCAUCAGACAGACGAUGGCCCGCGAGCGACAGCAGUUCGAAGGAUACGGCCUCGAGAUUCCAGAUAUUGUAAAUGCAGGUAAUCUGAAAACUUUCAGGGAAUGGGAUUUUGAUCUGAAGAAAUUACCAAACAUUAAAAUGAGAAAAAUGUGUGCUAAUGACGCCAUUCCCAAGAGGCGCAAGAAGCAAACUAGUACAGCUGUUGACGAAGAUUCAGGGGAAUUGGAGUUAAAUGAUGAACCAAGUGGCUCAGAUGAAGAAAUGACUGCGGUGGACUAAUUGUUCUUCACUUGAGUUGAAAAUAAAUAAUUUAAGAGCCUCAAGUUACACUUGAAUUGAUUAUGGCAGAUAAUUGUCUGGACACAAGCAUUUGCUACUUAGCUUGUUUUACAUGAUCAGAAUCCCACUUGCAGUUUAAAAUAACCUUAUGAAAUAACCCUAUAAAAUAACCUUAUUUUUAUUUAAAAAACGAAUAGUUUUUUUUAUUUACAUUAAAUUGCUAAACUAGCCCCAGCUGUUGUGGCUCACUGGAUUGAGCGCUGGCCUGAGAAACAAAGGGUUACUGGUUUGUUCCCAGUUGGGGCACAUGCCUGGGUUGUGGGCCAGGUCCUCAGUAGCGGGCUUGUGAGAGGCAACCACACAUUGAUGUUUCUCCCUUUCUUCCUCCCUCCUUUCCUUUUUCUCUAAAAAUAAAUACAUGAAAUAAUUUUAAAAAGAUUUAAAAGUAACAUUCUCUGAAAAUUAAAUCUAAAAAACAUUUAAAAAUAAAUUGCUAAAAUAGAUAUAGUGAAAUAAAAUAGUGAUCUUUAAGAUCUAUUUUAUCUAAAUAUUGGUCUAGAAAGAGCAGUAUAAAUAAGGUGAAGAGAAGAUUUACUGUCUCCCUCACGUCCGCCUAGGGUUGCGCGGUCGCCGUUUCGGGGCCCGGGCAGCAGCCCGCUCUCCGAAAGGGUCCGCGGGCACUUCUCGAGCAGUGGUGACCGCAGAAUUGCCCCCGGUACUAACAUUUUGCUAAUCUCCCUCUUAAACUUUAAACCUGUUUUCUUUCCUUACACAACUGGGAAAAUUUGAUGUGGAAAUCAUAUACUGACGGGUUGUACGUUAUAUUUAUUUGUUGUAUUUGAGUCAGAGCUAAGUGGUAAAAAAAAAAAUGCAGGGACUGUUACUUUUUUUGUCGAUCUCCCAGACUUUAUUGGCCAUCUUCUGUUAAAGGGGUAGCUCUUCCUGUUCAUGUGUUAUUUUCCGCUUUCUCAUUGUGAAAAGUGAUAGAUUUUAUUUAUGGAAACAGACCUAAAGGUUAAAGGAUCAAUUUUUCAAUUGUGUGCAUUUUUUUUCCUUCUUAGAGAUAGGUUAAAUGACCUCUGGGAUAACUCAGUAUUUUAAAAGGCGUGAAUAUCACGGAUAUACCAGAAUGUUGUUCUUCAUAGAACUUGUGUGAAGACACCCUUUACUCUGUGUCUAAAGGGUGUAAUGUAAGCGUCUCUGAGUAUUUUCAAGAAAGUAACAAAAAAUACUGUAUGAGGUUCACUGGAUAUCAUCUGAGUUUUGUUAACAAUUACUAAAAGUGUUCAGGCUUUUUUACUUACGAAAGUUAAAAAUAAAAUUUAUUUCCAUAAUUUCA